AUCGGGUGGAUAAUCAAGUCUAAAUUCAGAACAUCUGAUUUUCAAAAUAUCUAUCUAAAUUAAUUUAAAAAUUAUCUCAAAAUGAGGUAUAUCUUAGGAGCCUCUUUCGUAGGACUAUUAACUACAGUAGCAACAAUACUAACUUUAUAUCAUGUCUUCACGGGAAAAGGUGAACAAAUCAGCGUUGGUUGGUUUUUAGAAAAUACUACCCCUCAUAUGUGGGCUCUUCUAGGAAUAUCUCUAUCUGUAGCUCUAUCAGUUGUAGGCGCUGCAACUGGAAUCCACACAACAGGUACAAGCAUCAUUGGUGGAGGUGUAAAAGCACCUCGAAUUAAAACAAAGAAUUUAAUUUCUGUUAUUUUCUGCGAAGCUGUAGCUAUUUAUGGACUUAUUACUGCUAUCGUUCUAUCUGGAUAUCUAGAGGACUUCUCUUGGGAUGUAGUGUGGUCUAAUCCAGCUUUAAAAGGAAAAAAUUGGGCAGGAGGAUACCUUAUGUUUGGUGCAGGUUUGACAGUUGGAUUUGUCAAUUUGUUUUGUGGCAUGUGUGUUGGAAUUGUAGGAUCUGGUGCUGCCUUAGCUGAUGCUGCAAAUGGCUCUCUUUUCGUCAAAAUUCUAGUUAUAGAAAUCUUUGGUAGUGCUAUUGGAUUAUUUGGACUUAUUGUGGGCAUUUAUACAGUUUCAAAAGUACAGAUGGGAGAAAAAAUCCACUAAAAGAGCCAGUAUUAUUAGGAAGUAAAAGGUAUAUGUAUAUACACACUGGAUGAGCAAAUCAGCAGAGUAAACAUUCAAUUUAAUGAAAGCAUCUUAAUGAGUUCAUUUUAGAUUAUUGAUAUUGUUUUUAGUGAUUAUAUAAUAAAUAUCUUUUCUUAUGUAAAUAUAAAGAAUUGUUGUUAAACCUACGAAAUUAUUACCCUCUAUUACUUAUGUUAUAUUUAAUAAAUUCAUUGUAUAGAAAAUUUUCAUUCCAUAAACUGUUAAAACCAAUAAAUUUUAUGUAAUUUUUAAUGUAUUGUUUUAAAUUUACUGUCUUAUCUUUUAAUAGAU